AUGAAGGGCCCCAGCAGCCUGGCGGUGACAGCCUUGGCCCUUCUCCUGGCGCUGUCCGUCCUGGGAAACUCCAGCGGCGCUCCGCAGAGACUCUUUGAGAGGAGGAACUGGACUCCCCAAGCUAUGCUCUACCUGAAGGGCGCACAGGGCCGCCGCUUCAUCUCCGACCAGAGCCGCAGGAAGGAGCUCGCAGACCGGCCGCCUCCAGAAAGACGAAACCCAAAUCUUCAACUACUGACUCUACCCGAGGCUGCAGCCCUGUUGCUGGCUUCCUUGCAGAAACCACGAGAAGAUGAAGGAGGGAAUUUUGAUCAAAGCAAAUUCCUGGAAGACAGACUGCUGAACUGGUGAAAACGUACCAGGGCACAUUCAUGGUGAAAACUGUGGCCACAUGAUUAGGACCCAUGCACACUUCCUUCCACGCCUAUAACCUUAGAUACCUGCACCCCUAGGUUUAGUCUUCCAAAAGCAAGGCACGUGGAAUUCUUGGCUGGAACACCAUCAACUUCUUCUACUGCUUUGGGUUUACAUCACCCGUGUCUUCUGUAGGCUUAGAUUUUAUAUGGCCAUUAGAAAUGCCAAGGCUGGGAACUCAGAAAUGUUGUUUCUUUUCCCUGUAGUCAGGCCCUGUCCAGAUUCCGGCAUUUUGUUCCUCAUCCCAUCACCUUUUGCACUUGGCUGUCACUCAGUAACAAUUCUCCCCCAUCCUCCCGUCUCAUCCCCAGUAAGAGAGAAGGUUUGGUAGGACAGGAAGGGCAGUGUAUCUUUUGUCACUCACCUAAGAGAGGUCAAUUAAGGAGGGAGAUGGGGAGAGGAUGCCUGGUACAAAGCUCCCAUGAAAACAUGUAUCAUCUAUUGCUGCUGAGACAGGGGACCCUCCGUGAUGUUGAAACCCUUGGAAGGUCUGUGAAGACCCAAGGCUGGGAGCCUCUUGGUGUUCCUAGGGGAUCUAACUAAAUCCCAUUUAGACACUUGGACCUUAAAGUCACUGGCAUUUAAACAGAUGGUGAUAGAGUUUGCCGGAGCCACACAAAGGUACAAACCAGUUUGAGGUGCCCUGUUUUCUGUGGCUGAAAGAGACUUCAUCAUGACUUUAUGUUAAGGUAUACCCCCAUGACAUAAGUGUAUUCAAUAUGCAUGGAUUUAUCCAUUUCCAAAUUCAAAUACACGUUCAGGCACACACAUGCGUGCAUGCGCACAUGUACACACACACACACACACACACACACACACACACACACACACACAUGGUGGGAGGAUUUGGGGGUGAGAUCCCUACAGCAAGCAAAUUUACUUGGAAUUACAGCAUGAUCACCAUAAUAUUUUUUACCUAAUCAAUUCAGAGUCAUUAACUAUAAGUGCCCAAGUGACAAAUAUUGAUUCUUAUCCUCCCCAACUUACAGCCAAUACUUAGUAGCUACAGAAUAUCUUUAUGUGAAUACCUCUGUAAUCUGAAAUUUUCACUAAACUGUGUUAAGUAAUCAAAACCAUGUGUAUAUGUUUUGUCUGCUCAGUUCAUAAUUCAAUAAUAAAAUUAUA